AUGAGUUCUCCAGACACCAAUUCUAAUAGAAAUCAAACUAAAAAGAAAACUAAGCUUAAUUCUAAUAAGUCUUACUCCUUUUAUGAUUCCUUUGUAACUAGAAAAGAUAUAAUUAAAUUGGCCUCCUUAGAAACAUAAAACUAAUAAAAAGAAUUUCUUAAAACUGUCAUCCUACGAUUUGAAUUAGGUCAUAAAAAAGGAGGAGUAUUCACCUUUCCUGUUUAUGAACUUAUCUCUUUUCAAUAUUAUUAAACCUAAACUAUAUCUAAAGUAAAUUUUGUAUCAAUUAUUACUAGGCCACAGAAGAAUCUUAAUAAUAAUGCAAAUUUGCUGUCUUUUCAGAAUACUUAUUACAAAUGUACAAUUAACUUAAAAAAUAUACAUUUGAAUAAAUAUCAGCAUUUAUGUCAAUAGGAUUUUAUAUUUUUGUAGAAAGUUUGGAACGUAAAAUCACAUAAAUUGAUUCAUAUGAAAUAUUCAAAAGAUUAUUAAGACCUAAUAUUCUACUAACUAAUACCUAUAAUUUACCUAUAUUUACUUAGGAACAUAUUAUGGAAUUCAAUAAAUUCAUGACAAAUUAUUUUUACAGGUGAAUUACCUAAUUUAUUCUAGAUAUUAUUCAUUGUAUGAAUUAAGAAUGACAACUUAUUAAGAAGUCAAUAUUUUUAGUAGAUUAAAAGGUGAGAAUCCAGUUCAAAUUGAAAAAAAUGAAGACAAAGAUUCUAUUUAAGAAGAAGAUGAAUUAAAUUUUAAAGAUGUAGAAGUUUAUCUUGAUGAUGAUGUCUAACCUGAACAAGAAGUUAAGAAAAUUAAUGAAAAAGAUGAAGAAUAAAUUGAAAAAUUAUUGGAAUAAUAUAAAUUAAAUUGGAACAAUAGGUUAGAUGGAUCUUAAUUAUUAUAAGAAGCUGAAAAAAUAUUAACAAAGAAAAAAUGA